UUCCCUCUCAUUACCAUUUCCUCAAAGGGUUGAAGAAAAUAAUAAUUAGUAGCAUAAUAAUUAAGCCAAAGUGUUCAUAGAUAUGGAGGGUCUUCUGCCUCUUGUUUAUAAAGCAAUCAAGAGAAACAAAACACGAAGGCAAUACGAGUGUCUUUCAUCAGGAACUUCUCUAGGGUACAACAUCAGCAUGGCCGAGAUGUACCCUCAAACUCAGGAACAUGUCCUUCAGAACCAGACACAUGCCCAGAAAGUGUUUCACCACCACCAUAAUGAAAGUCACAAAAUUGGUCACAGGAGAUAUAACUCUGUUGGUGAUCAUUUCGAUUAUGGGUUCCAAUCUUCUCAGAUGAGAACAGGUGUUGAUGCUCCCUCUUCGAACAAACUCGUUAGGUUUAGGAGUCAAAGAAUGUUUUCAUGUAUCACUGGUGUUUAAGGUAUAUAUAUGUCAAUUUAUAUAUAUCCUAUGAUAUUAGUUUUCCCAUGUCAUAUAUAUGAUGUUGCACAAUGUUGUGGCCUUGAUUCAAAUGAUGUUGUGAUUCUUGAUUUGUUCCGUGGCUUUGCUUGGUUAGUUUUGUACAAUGAAAGGUAGUAUAUAUUGUGCUUUUUUUUUGGCGUCAAGAUUCUUUGGUUCAUCCUUGAGUCUUUGAAAGCUCUUUGCUUUGUUUAGGGGUAUGAAUUGUCAAGUUUAAUUUUUUAAAAGGAAAAAAAAUACAUUUUUCAA